AUGCGUAACAAUUUCUCAGAACAGAACAUAGGCCGAAAUCAGAAAAUUCUUAAUAUAGAGGCUGUUUUCGAAAAUCGUAUCAUCGGCUUUUGUUACACUUUCCGAAAAUUGUCAAAAAACUGCGAUGCAUUCUCUGAGCUUGUCCUGUUCAUUAACGCUGAAUGCGAUUUGAGGAAAGAAUUGCAAAAGAAAGAAAUUCGAGGCAAAGGUGACUACCCAACUAUGGAUGACGUACUGAGUGACUGGGAUUCAGAGAAGGACGGUAAAAAGGUAACCUCUCAAGCGCUACCCACUUAA